AGGAAAUGGAUUGGAGCGUGGGCCAGAUUAUGGCCACAGUGGAGAAACUUGGUUUGAGAGAAAACACAUUUGUGUAUUUCACAUCUGAUAAUGGACCUCACUUAGAAGAAGUUAGCAACACAGGUGAAUACCAUGGUGGCUGGAACGGGAUUUUCAAAGGAGGGAAAGGACAGUGUUGGGAUGGUGGUGUGAGAAUGCCUACAGUAGUAUCAUGGCCAGGUCACAUUCCAGCUGGGAUCUCAAUUGAUCAGCUCACCAUUCCAAAUUCUGGCAUGGUCCAUUUUAAAACGCGAUCAAAUUACAUGGAGGUCUCGCAAGCGAGACUCAGAGGAACUCAUGCGAUAUCAUCGGUUGUCGAAGUGGUUUAA